AUGAUUAUUAUAGGGGAUGACACAGAAGAAAUAUUGAAGCUCCAAAAGCAAUUGGCAACUGAACUUGAGAUGAAGAAUCUAGGAGGACUUAAAUAUUUUCUGGGAAUUGAAGUUGCUAGAUCAAAACAAGAUGCAGAUUGGGCAGGGAAUAUCUCAGAUAGAAAGUCGACUUCGGGUUACUUCAUGUUUGUUGGCGGGAACCUUGUUACAUGGAGAAGUAAGAAGCAAAAAGUGGUGGUCUUAUUGAGUGCUAAAGCUGAGUUUCGAGAAUGGCCAAGGGUCUUUAUGCGCUUAUCUGGCUUAGAUGAAUUUGUUUUUAGACAAUAA